ACAUAAGUUUUAAGAUUAAAAUUUUAGGCUUAAAAUUUGCGAUUUUAGUGCAAAAUUGUAACCGUUGGUGGACAGAACUAUCUUCCAGUGGUAGGUGAACGGCGAGGGAAUCGAUUAAGCACAAAAGGCAGGUGCAAUUCGACACGAGUGAGGCGCAAAAAGCAAAACCAUGGACAGCAAGGGCAGAAAUGUAAUUGUCUGUGAUAAUGGAACCGGGUUCGUCAAGUGCGGUUACGCAGGAAGUAACUUCCCGGCGCAUAUAUUUCCCUCAAUGGUCGGCCGACCCAUCAUCCGGGCGGUCAAUAAAAUUGGCGACAUCGAAGUUAAGGAUUUACAUGUUGAUGAUUUGAUGGUCGGCGACGAGGCGUCCCAGCUGCGCUCGCUGCUCGAGGUGUCCUACCCGAUGGAGAACGGCGUGGUGCGCAACUGGGAGGACAUGUGCCACGUGUGGGACUACACGUUCGGGCCGAAAAAGAUGAACAUCGAUCCGACCAACACGAAGAUCCUGCUGACCGAACCGCCGAUGAAUCCGACCAAGAAUCGGGAAAAGAUGAUCGAAGUGAUGUUUGAAAAGUAUGGCUUUGACUCGACUUACAUUGCGAUCCAGGCGGUGUUGACGCUGUACGCGCAGGGCUUGAUCAGUGGAGUGGUGAUCGACUCGGGUGACGGCGUAACGCACAUUUGUCCGGUGUACGAGGAGUUUGCGCUGCCCCAUUUGACCCGGCGGUUGGACAUUGCGGGGCGGGACAUUACGAGGUAUCUGAUCAAGCUGUUGCUGCUUCGUGGUUAUGCGUUCAAUCAUUCGGCGGACUUUGAGACCGUGCGCAUGAUGAAGGAAAAGUUGUGCUACAUUGGCUACGAUAUCGAGAUGGAACAGCGGCUGGCACUGGAGACGACCGUACUGGUUGAGUCGUACACGUUACCGGACGGGCGGGUCAUUAAGGUCGGUGGCGAGCGGUUCGAAGCUCCGGAAGCCCUCUUCCAGCCCCAUUUGAUCAACGUGGAGGGCCAGGGCAUUGCCGAGCUGGUGUUCUCCACCAUCCAGGCGGCCGACAUCGACAUGCGUUCGGAGCUGUACAAGCACAUUGUGCUGUCGGGCGGUUCCACCAUGUACCCGGGUCUGCCGAGUCGCUUGGAGCGCGAAAUCAAGCAGCUCUACCUGGAACGGGUGCUGAAGAACGACUGCGAAAAACUAUCCAAGUUUAAGAUUCGCAUCGAGGAUCCGCCGAGACGGAAAGAUAUGGUGUUUAUCGGUGGUGCCGUCCUGGCGGAGGUAACAAAGGACCGCGACGCAUUCUGGAUGUCCAAAGCCGAAUACCAGGAGCAAGGCCUAAAUGUGCUGAAGAAGCUUAGUGCAAGAACAAGCAACUAAACCAAAUCGUCGUUCGAGGGAUCCCAAUUACAUCGCAAAAUUUGCCAAACCAAACCCGGUUGGAAAAUGUAUUUUUGUCGCGUUACGAGGAAUUUUUAAUCAAAACUUGUUCUCUCCCACACAACUAAACCAUGAACAUAUAGGAAUGCAUUUAAAUCACACAAACAAACACACGUGAAUGGACGAGUUUUUAACAUUUGCGUUAGGUUCGUUGAUUGGGUUGUUAGUUUUGGAAAACAGAGCGAGAGAGAGAAAGUCGGUCGCCGCCAAUGAUCAAGCAUUAAAAGUAUUCCGCAGAGUGAGUCACGUGUUGGAUGGAAAGACUAUACAAUACUAUCGAUAAGAUUGCGUUUAACGAGGUUUAAUCCUAGAUUUAUUGAAGAAAGGGAAAGUGAAUGUAUAAGCAAAUAUCUAAAUUUUUAUCAGUUAAUUGUAUAUCAUUUUACAUUGUUUCUAUCUAAUUUUCAUUUAGACUAGUUGUAUGUAUGUAUUGCUAAUGGAAAUAUAAGGUUAUUUUCCCGCUACAAUA